CAGGCUCUUGCAACUGCUAAUAAAAAAAAAAAGUGUGGUUUAGAAGGGAGCUGAGUACAUGCUGACAAGUAGUCUCACCUUAUUUCUUAGAAUGUGACACAAACACAACAUAGUUUCCCAUACAGAUGCUCUUAAAAUAACCACUGCGAUCAGCAGUACUGUAACUAUCGCAACUCAGCAAAGACAAGUGCUUAUGUCAGAGAUGUGGUCACCCAGUGUCCCUUAUAUUGGUGCACUCAAUAAUUACAAUGCUGCUGCGGUCAUGCACCGAUCAAGAUCACUUCUGUCCCUCAAAUGAGGACAUUCAAAAGCAAAUUAGGACAGUCAAAUGUGUCCCAUUUGUGAACCACAUACACACAGUACAGUGCACUAUAAAUCAGAGAUUGGUCAGUGACCACAUGCAUCACUCAAUGUGAAAGCUUUGACAGGGCAGUGGCAAGAGUGGAGACCUGAGGACGGUACGUACUGCAUUAUCAUCAUUACACAUUUUUGUUGUCCAUUACAAUUACAUUGGAUCAGGUUCAUAGUUAUUUUGUGUGGGCUACCAGCAGGUGUUUCAUUAAAUAUGGAAAUGGAAACAGAAUAUCACUAAAUCGUUCAGUGUUAGGACUUGAUAAAGUACAUAAAGAAAGCUUAAUACAAUGGAAAAACGUUUUUAUUUAUUAAAGAAUUUUAAGUGUAAUAUCUGAUAUGUUUUAGAAAUAAGAAGCAUACUGGUUACAAUAUUAAAUCUGUUUGUGUUCAGUAUUUUCCCCUCAAAUGAAAUUAUCUAUAAAAUAUCCCUAUUUUGUCAUGAUUAAAUAAGCAAAUGUAAUGAUAUAAAGGGAGUUGUUUUGUAUUUACAAUGAGUGCACAAUCAUGGUAAAAUAACAACACACACAACAAAAGGUUCAUUUAUUCAUGUAUAAUGAAUCAAAUCGAGCCUUGCCAGGCAGAUGGUCUCACCUGUUAUUCUUUACUCACAAUUUACAGGUAUUCCCCUGGUACUGCAGAAAUGUGCUUCAUCAACGAGAGCUCCCCUGAAUCAGAUAUGGAGACAUUAUACCGCUGUGCAGGGGCCCAUUAUGUGAGAUUAUACCUUGUAGGUGAGAGCAUGUACCUGCUCCUGGGCUCCCCACUUCACAUCUAUUUCAUCUGGCUGGUGGUGACACAACAUGCAACAAUUUCCAAGUUCUACGCCAUGAAUGUGGCCCUGUGCGAGCUAGUCUUCUCUUUAACUGUCGUUGUUGGGAACUCGGCUUACUUGUCUACACGUCACCAUUGCCUUCUCUAUAUGGUGUUGCCCUCCUACGCCUUCAUUUUCUCUGCCCGUCCACUCUUCCAAAGUCUCAUCUGUAUGGAGCGGUAUCUGGCAGUGGUGCAUCCUCUAAUCUAUCUAAAGUACAAGACCCUGAGACACAAGAUGACCUGUACUGCCCUGGUUGGUGUGGUUAUAGGGGGAUUUACUGCAGCAGAGAUUGUUUAUACACCCCACUUUCUGAUACGUGAGUUUGCUAUUCUGUUUGUCAUCUUGCUGUCCAUUGAUGUAUUCUGUAGUCUGUCUGUGCUAUGGGCUCUGAAACGCCCCAGCCCUGGAGAAGGUGAGGGGCAGAAGGAUUGCAUGAACGUCAUGAAGAAAAGUGCUUUCAAAACCAUCAUGGUCAUUCUGGCUAUUACUUUCUGUGACCAUAUCUUUGUCACUGUUAUGGGUCUCUGUGGAGGCUUUUCUGAAGACGAUUGGAUUUGCACAGUCGACAUAAUUAACACAUUUGUAUUUGCUCUGUGUGGAUUUGUCCAGCCUCUCUUGUACUUACAGAAAAUGAGGAAACUGCCAUGUGCAAAAGAAAGGCAUGAUGCAGAGUCUCGUGAAUUGAGCUAAAAAUGAAUAUUAUAUUGUAAAUCUGGAAAAGUCAAUUGAUUUAACACAAUCUCAAGUAAAUGAUUUGUAUUAAGUAUUUCUGGUCAAACUCAGUUAUUGUGUCUUCAAUGUUACCUUUUACAUCAUAAGAUCAUAUGGGUCUUUUUUCAAACUAUGUCUUUUUUGUUCACAACCCAGUGAGAAACCAGGCCUGGCAUGCUCUGAAGAAAACUGUAUGGUUGAAAUGCGUUGGAUAGGCAUUUUUAAUAAAAGGUUUUUUUUAUAUUUA